AUGGAAAACCCAGACUUCCCAUACGCUUUCACAGAGACUGGGCAUCUCUGCCACAGAGACACUAUGGAACCCUACAAGUUCUCGUUUAAGCUUCAGGAUGUCCGUGGCACCAUGAGAGAACAUCAAGCGCUUUGCAGUUACAUAACCCAGCACGUACAUGACCUCCUGGAGAAGAGGUUGAACUUGGUGAAGAUGCCCUUGACACAAAGAACCCAAUCUGAUUCUCAUCCUGCCAGUUUUGUCUACAUGAGUCCAGGAGCACUGAAGCAUCGUGGGACCCUGCUGGUUUUGAUCCAAGACAGAGGGGCCGUAGGGUGCGGUGUGUGGAGCUGGAGAGCCGUGGUCCACGAAGGUUUGGACAGAGGCAGUCAGAUCCCAUAUGUGCGCUGGGCUUUGCGUGAGUCCUGUGCAGUCUUGCUGAUGAACCCCAACAGAGGUGGGACAUCGCCGGAGGAGCACGUCCACCUGGUGUGGGAGCAGCUGCUGCUCAGGAGCGCCGCAGAGCGAAUUGCAGUGGUAGCGCAUGGCUACGGAGGCCUAGCUUUUGUUCAUCUCCUGUGCUGUAGACUGGAGGAGAUUGAGCAGCGGAGGUGUGCCGUGGCCCUCAUCGAUUCCUCACACAGUCUCUGGCACCAGCCUCUCGGAGCUUCUGGACGUGACUGGUUGAAAGCGCACUCUAACAUGUGGGUACUUAGUACCAAGCAGAAGAAUCGGCCGGUAGGGUCUCUUAAGAUGGGUUGCAGGAUGGUGUCGGCGGGGACGCAGUGCCACGAGACGGCGCCUGCGGUGUGUAUGGAGUCGGUGUUUCGAUUCUUCGGUAAACUGAUGAAGCCGUCGGUUGUACCGACUCCAUUUAGCAUCGUCACUAGAAGCAGGAGCCUCGGAGUGAGGAAAGCGAGCGACAGUGCAACUGAUAUGAACAAUAAUUGCUCUUAA